AUGGCUUUGCAGCAAGAUUCAUGCCAUGCCAAUGAGGAGGGUAAUGAGGGCGACGACGGUCGCACGGUGCAUCUGAUUUAUUCGGAGUACGAUUCCGCACCAUCGGAGACAGACGUCGAGGUUAUUGAGGGACCACAACAUUACUGGUGGACAAGCUCCAAGUCGCAUGGCAAGGAGGUGUGCCUGGUUUAUUCGGACUACGACGAGCCGAGUUCGGAGACGAGCGUCAAUAUGGACAAUUUUUUUCAUGAUCAGAAAAUUCAGGGCCGUGAGGUGCGCUUGAUUUAUUCGGAAUACGAGGAGCCGCCCUCGGAAACGGAAGUGGAAUACGAUGGCCGCCCAUGGUGCUCGAUUUUCGGUAAUCAAAAUCCUCAACAACUUUUCUUCAAGAAUACUGAACCAGAAAUGCGCCGUUUUCACGUAUACAGUUGGUUUGCGCUAUGUGGUCGAUUCCUUUCUCUAACUCCUUUUUUGGCCAUUUACCUUCCCUCUUCUUCUACCUGA